CCUGGAGCCGACCCGGGCUGAAAUGGGCCGGGUGCUUGAACCGACUUUAUCCCUUUCUUACCGGCCGACGACGGCUGAAACGAAUCGAAUUCCUUCAGCUUCAUUUUACUUGACGCAGCAGCGCUCUUCCAGUCCACGACCAAGGCAUUGUGGCCGGCCCAAACGGCGAGAAUGGCAGCUCCCGUAACUUCAGCAUCUCGUCUUUGGCGCCUCCGUGUAGCUGCACUUGAACUCCAACGAAGCUUUGUCGAUGACGUAAGAGAGCCCAUCUUCGCUGAGCUUGACUUUAGCUAUCUGGUUGACAGGAUGGGGCUGUGCGGAGACCUUCGCGACCCGACGAAAAGUAGGUUCUUGAGCGGUCUUAGGGUCUUUGUGUUUGGAGUAUUUGGAUCUUUGGCCAAGUAUCCACAAAAUUGAGGGCGAAGACGACGUCCCCACAGACCUGAAAUUGCUCCUGCAUUCAGUCCGGCGAGAGCACGACAUUCGGGUAGUAAGGGUCGACCAUGUUCACAAUGGAAUUGAAUCGUCUGCGCGGCGGAUAGCAUCCUCAAAUUCCUAUAGCGAGCGCCGCUGCUCCUCGAACUUUCGAUCAUUCGCGUUGUUCAACCGAGAGAAGCAGAGCUCUGUAGGAAGGCGGUGAUGGGGCCGUCUUUUCGUUCAGUAGGAAAGAGGUUCGAGGAAAUCACAAACGACAAAAAGGGAAACUCAGAAUGGAAGAAGUAGCUAGAGGAAAAGAGGAAUUUGGAGAUGGGUAUGUAGAAGAAGAUGAACCGCAGGCGGGACGAUAGAUCUUCUUCGGUUUCUUCCAUUUCCCCCCCUCCUUCGAGAGACAGAGACAGAGCUUAGAGGUUUUUUGUUCUCCUCCUCUUCCUCUAUUGAUAUUCGGCUUUAAUAUAUCGGAUUCUUGAAC